GAGGAUUCUUUUAUUUUCUUUUUCCGUUUUUUCUUUUUAAUUUACUCAUCGGAACAAAGAGAAAGAAAAGAAGAAGAAGAGCACGUUGGUCGGUGACGACGCUCUCCUCCUGCUCCGGCGAUGGCGACGGUGCAAUCCGAUCUUCGCUGUGCUUAUCACAUAGCUUCCUCCACCUUCCGCUCCCUCUCCCCCAAUCUCGUGCUACGGCGAACGGCCGCUGUUCCAGGUCACGUUUUCUCGCCGUCGUUCAAGUUGAGAGCCUUCUCCACUGCCGCCGCCAACGUCAAAGUUUCCGAGAAGCCGUCGAUUUGUACGGCCGACGAGCUUCAUUAUGUCUCCGUUCCGAACUCCGACUGGAGGCUUGCUCUCUGGCGCUACCAUUCCUCUCCUCAGGCGCCGCCGAGGAAUCACCCGCUGUUGCUAUUGUCAGGAGUCGGGACUAAUGCCAUUGGUUAUGAUCUCGCCCCUGGGUGUUCUUUUGCACGGCAUAUGUCUGGUCAGGGGUAUGAUACAUGGAUUCUUGAAGUUCGAGGUGCAGGACUGAGCUUGCAGGAACCAGAUUCGAAAGAAAUUGAACAUUCAGCUAAUGUUAAGUCUGAGCAAAUGGAAGCAGUCUCUGAGAGCAAAGUUAAUGGAACUUUACAAAUGGCAGAAGAGUCAACAAAAAUUCUAAAUGACCUCUCAAAAUCAAAUAGUUGCACAAACGGGAAAGAAUCUGACCUUUCUAUGGUUGAAGAAGAGUACUUCCCAGGAAUAGGAACAAUUUGGGAUGAGUCAAGUCUGGUGACAGAGUUAACAGAAACUUUUAUGCGUUUGUCAGAACGGUUAUCUGGCUUUUUAAGUGAAGGUCAAUCAAAGAUUAUGUCAGCUAAACUAUUUGAUCAAAUGUCAAAACUAUUAGUUGACUCCCAAUUAUCUGAACGUUUUAAUGAGGUAAGGGGAAGACUUUUGAAUUUGUUGGAAACAGGGCAGACCUCAGUCAUUGCUGGCCAGAUCAGGGAUUUGAGUCAAAGGCUUGUAGAAAUUAUCGAAGAAGGUCAGCGAUCUGUUUCACCUCCAUUGUUCAAUUUGCAAGAUCGAUUUUCUUCAACGAUCGACGAUUUUCAGAAACAACUUGAUUUAAUAGUAAAGUAUGACUGGGACUUUGACCAUUACCUGCUGGAGGACGUUCCUGCUGCGAUUGAUUAUAUAAGGGCUGUAAGCAAGCCAAAGGAUGGUAAAUUGCUUGCUAUAGGGCACUCCAUGGGUGGUAUCUUGCUUUAUGCAAAACUUUCUCGUUGUGGUUUCGAAGGACAAGACCCCAGAUUGGCUGCUAUUGUUACUUUGGCGUCAUCCCUUGACUAUACUUCUUCGAAAUCAGCCCUGAAAUUGCUAUUGCCCCUUGCAGAUCCUGCUCAGGCUCUUAAUGUUCCAGUUGUUCCAUUAGGAGCUCUGCUAUCGGCUUCAUAUCCCCUUUCAUCUCGUCCUCCUUAUGUCUUGUCUUGGUUAAAUAAUCUGAUUUCGGCAGAAGAUAUGAUGCAGCCUGAAAUGUUAAAAAAGCUUGUCUUGAACAACUUCUGUACCAUUCCCGCUAAACUUAUCUUACAACUUACUACUGCUUUUCGAGAGGGUGGUUUACGAGACAGAAGUAAUACCUUUUUUUACAAUGACCAUAUUCAUAAAUGCCAUGUCCCAGUCUUAGCGCUUGCUGGAGACCAAGAUCUAAUCUGUCCACCUGAAGCUGUAGAAGCAACGGCAAAGCUUAUUCCUGAGCACCUGGUAACUUAUAAAGUUUUCGGAGAAGCAGGAGGUCCACAUUAUGCCCAUUACGAUUUAGUUGGAGGACGAUUGGCGGCGGAGCAGGUGUACCCAUGCAUUAUCGAAUUUAUUAGCAAGCACGAUGCAAUUUGAUUAUCAACCGAUCAACAAAAUUUCUUUAUGCGUGAUUUGUUCAAAUUCACCUCAUCCUUAAUACUUAUCCUGGGUUUGAGUCGUUUUCAGUUACUGUUCGUGCAUGCUUGCAGAUAAAAUUUCCUCAUCACAAUAACUGUUGUUGAUUCUGCAUUAAAUUUGGUGGUGGAUUGAGAUUCUGUGCAGAGAGGGUUUCGAAGACUUUUGAGGAGCUCGACUUUAAACCCCUGCUGAAUCCAGGUUCUCUUAUUCUAUUUACCGAAGAUGAAUCAGGAAAAGGUCAAGAUAAUUAAUGUACCAGUUUCCGGAUCACACAAAAGAAAACGUAGAGAAUGAAGCAUGAAUGUUCAUUGUAUCAUAUACAUAGAUAUUUAAACUUGAAGACAUCAUAUCAUUUAUUGCUUGAAGAACUUGUAGAUCUCUGUUCAGCUUUUACACUCACAAGAACCUAUAAAUUUCUACUCUGAUUCUUUCAACGACGGAGCAGGUCCAAUGGUCAAAGGAGAUUAUUGGUAAAUUAGUAACAUAUCAUUCAUGAUGGAAAAGAGAGAAAGGUUCUUGCUCUUUUUUUUGUGAAGUAUUGUUGUAUUCUUUGUAAUAUAUUCUGGUCCUGAAUCCUGAUCGUUUCUUUUACCAAAAGUAAAACUCAGCUUCUGACUAAUCUAAUGUGCAGGGAUUAUGAUUCUGAUAUUUUUGGUGGAUCAUGUUCCUAGUGAAGACACAGGUAUUUUACUCUUGCCUGUGGUUUCUUAUACAAUCGUGUACCGACUAAUUAGUAGGUAUGUUCUAUAGACCAUCAAAAUGUUUUUGAGGAAUGCAUUAAGAGGUGAGAGGAGAAAUUUUUUCUUUUUUUCAAAAUAAACAAAUAGUUGUAACUUUUUAACGGUGGUUAGUUGGAAGAUGCCCCUACGGAGCGGUCGAUAUGGAGUGUAUAUAUAUUAUUCUUUGGUUAAAACUUAAAA